UCUAAUUGUUCAUUAAGAAUUGUAAUCCAAAAUUAUUAUCAUGGGCAAAUAUUCCUCGUCUAAUGAAGCUAUCACACUAGUUUUAGUUGGACGUACCGGUAAUGGCAAGAGUGCAACAGGAAAUAGUAUUCUCGGAAGGAAGGCCUUUGUCUCAAAGACAAGAUCCUCUGGUGUAACAAGUGUUUGUGAAUUGCAGAGAACUAAUAUGAAAGAUGGACCAAUUGUUAAUGUUAUUGACACCCCAGGACUAUUUGCUGGAACUGAUUCUGCGGGGAAGGAAAUAGUGAAAUGUAUUGAUAUGGCUAAGGAUGGAAUUCAUGCUAUUAUUUUGGUGUAUUCUGUUAGAACUCGCUUUUCUGAAGAGGAACAAGCUACUUUUCUUACCUUACAAGCAUUGUUUGGACACAAAAUUGUUGACUACAUGAUUGUGAUCUUCACUGGAGGGGAUGAACUUGAAUAUAAUGAAGAGACACUUGAUGACUAUUUAGGUCGCGAGUGUCCACAGCCUCUUAAGGAUAUUUUGAUUCUAUGCGGAAAUCGGAAGGUUCUUUUCGAUAAUAGAACUCAAGAUAAAACAAAAAAAUUAGGUCAAGUUCAACAACUUCUUAAUCUUGUGAGCAUGGUUAUAUCAGAUAACUCUGGACGACCGGGGGAUUCCAUAAAAUCGCAGACAAAUGCAACUGAUGUGACCAUAAUUACUGUCAUGGAAACCUCCAAAGCCUUUGUGACCAAUAUCAUAGCUGCAAACCGUUUUCGAAAACCUUGA